AUGCCGAAUCCAUGCACAAACUGUGUUGUUUUCCACUUCGGAGAAUGCAAGUACCCACCCAGGCAGUGCCACAUUUGCUUGGGAUGGAAUCACAUUGAGCGAUACUGUCCGAGCAACAACAGAGGACACAGCAUUCAAUUUGAACGAGGAGAGCCACUUGCAGGAACCAGGGCAUGGUGUGAGCACCACGGACUGAACGAUGAUCCAGAAUUGAAGUUCGAGGUCUUGCAAGCACUGAAGACUAAUCCUGGCAGCGCAAUCCAUAUCAACGGAGUCUGCAUCUAUGGUGGAAGUAGCAAGAGCUUUUCUGCGUCCGACCGAAUGGAGCAGCCUCGGGGCCGAACACUGCAAGAGCGCAUGACCCGUCGCGAUCCGAGGUCACUUUCGCCAGGUCAAGAUAGGAGACGUCCUGCUUCUCGCUCGCUGUCUCCUCGUGGAAGACGUGCCAGAUCCCGGUCCCCAAACAGAGGUCCGCCAGGAUACGGUCGAUAUCGGUCUCGAAGCCCUCUUCGUCAACGGCCAAGAACCCCCUCCCCAUACCGUCAACCUCGAGGUCGACUACAAGCUCCAUCCCCUCCUCAUCAACCUGAGUAUCGUGCACGAUCUCCAAGGUACGCCAGUGACACCAAUGCAGUCGUGUUUGAGGCCAAGGACCGCCAACCAGAAAAUCGCCGACCUGAGAACCGACCUCACUACCCUCGAGAGCCCGGACGCUUGACCCCAGUCAAGUUCAACAUGCCGCCACCGUUCCAUCCCCUUCCUCCACGACCUCCACUGCCUGGUUUCAACGGACCUCCAUCCCGUGCACCCCUCGGCCAAGUCUCCUCCAACCUUCCCAGGAGUGAUCAAUCAAUAUUCGGUGCGCCAAAGCAUCCAUCUCAGUCAACAACUCGAUCCGAAGCAAUUGAUGAUGAUCCGCACUUCGUCUUGGGAGUUAGCAAAGGUGCUAGUGAAGCUGACAUCCUCACUGCUUAUCAACAACAAAUCUACGAGAUUGAUUUGGAGCGGAUGGCAGAAGGAGGUGGUGUGGUCAGACGUGACAGUGUUUGGAACGAGAGCAUACAGAUUCUGAAUGCUGCGAAGAAACAACUCCUCGGCCGCUGAGCAUCGAAAGGUGGCUGAAAGUGAAAGUACUGUCGGAUGUAUUACGAAUAUUUUCUUGAGCCUCCAAAUGAGGGACACAGGAGGCAAAGGUUGCAUGGACGCUUUGUCUGAUGUGUGCAAACGUAUGGCUGUGAAAGGGCAGCAGAAGGCGACGAUUUGGCUCAUCUCCUGGCUUCUUUGAAGUUUGGAGAUGUCCACUGUACAAACACGGAGGCGAUGGAUAGAGCUUUGCUGUGAGAUGGCUCAUGACUUGUAAAAAC